GAACAAGCUCUUUGACUUAGGUUUCCAAAAUGAAACUUCUACACUUAGCUACAAUAUUUCUUCUUAUUCACGCAACACUCGGUGGAGUUAAGGACUUGCAGGAGCACUUUGAGGACACUUCUACUGGUAUAAACCCCAGGGGAAGUCAAACCCAAGCUGUAGAAAACCUCCUGGAUGAUACGGUUACCAAUGACUUGAGCACUGAAGGAGAAGAUGAAGAAGACUACCUGGACUUUGAUAAAAUAUUUGGAGAAGAUGAAGAUUAUAUUGAUAUAAUCGAUGCUGCCCCUGAAAUUAAAAAUUCUGAAACCCAGCAAGGGAACAUUUUUGAACUGUUCCAUGGGAAAACAAGGGUUCAAAGGCUCAAUAUAAUCAAUGCUAAUUUUGGGUUUAACCUUUACCGUGCAAUAAAAAACAAUACAGACGCAUCUGAAAACAUUCUGCUUGCACCUGUUGGCAUCUCCACUGCAAUGGCCACAAUAUCAUUAGGUACAAAAGGCCAGACUUUGGAGCAAGUACUUUUAACACUGGGCUUUAAAGAUUUUCUCAAUGCUAGCUCAAAGUACGAGAUAUUAACAUUACACAAUGUCUUCCGGAAAUUGACUCACAGGCUCUUUCGGAGAAAUUUUGGCUACACCUUGAGAUCAGUCAAUGACAUAUAUGUGAAAAGGGACUUUUUAAUUCGAGAGCCUUUCAAGAACAACUUGAAAAACUACUACUUUGCAGAGGCACAGACGGUAGAUUUUGGAAACAAAGAUUUUCUUACUAAAGCCAACAAACGUAUCCAGCAGCUCACUAAGGGCUUAAUAAAAGAAGCACUGACAAAUGUGGACCCAGCAUUACUCAUGUUGCUUGUCAAUUGUAUCUACUUCAAAGGUACUUGGGAGAACAAGUUUCCAGUGGAGUAUACGCAAAACAUGAAUUUUCGGCUAAAUGAAAAGGAGCUGGUGAAAGUACCGAUGAUGAAGACAAAGGGAAACUUCUUGGUUGCAGCUGACCCCGAGUUAGAUUGUGCGGUUUUGCAGUUACCAUAUGUGGGGAACAUCAGCAUGCUAAUUGUACUGCCUCAUAAACUCUCUGGCAUGAAACUUCUGGAAAAGCAGAUCAGUCCGCAGGUGGUAGAACGGUGGCAGAAUAUCAUGACAAACAGGACAAGGGAGGUCUUUCUACCUCGUUUCAAACUGGAGAAAAGCUACGACUUACAGAAAGUUCUUAGCAAUAUGGGGGCGACAGAUCUAUUCACUCAUGGAGACUUCUCAGGAGUUUCAGAUAAGGAUAUAAAUAUUGGCUUGUUCCAGCACCAAGGCACCAUCACGGUCAACGAGGAGGGAACAGAGGCAGCGGCAGUGACAGUGGUGGGCUUUAUGCCACUUUCAACACAAGCUCGUUUUGUUGCUGACCGACCCUUCCUCUUCCUCAUCUAUGAGCAUCGCACAAACUGCCUGGUUUUUAUGGGAAGAGUAGCCAACCCCACAAAAUCAUAACAUUGUAAAAAUAUGAUGUCUAUCGAAUAUAGUUAAGUAGACUUUGCAUAAGGUACCCUGGCAAUGUUACAUCUAGAGCUUUUCUAUCAUAUAUAAUAACUAAAAAAGUGAUAUGCAUUGUGACGUAACAUGGAAUUUGCUGUAUUGUUUUCUUUAAUUGUUCAUAUUUGCCAACACCAUAAUGUAUUAUCAGUCAGUAAGGCAAUUUAAACUUAAAAACGUAGACAUACCUUCUUGUACAUAAAGUGAAUUCCCACUACCCAAAAAAAUAAGUUUACUAAAAUGUGUGUUUAGAAAAUUAAAGAACAAUGCUUAAUAAACACAUACAAAAUUAUA